GUGUGGAGAGAGACCUUGAUGAAAGCGAAUUCCGCAUAUUAUGAACCUAAUUUCCAGAUUCGAGCGAAAAGACUGGUCUUGAUAUAAAAUCAAUAAAGUUAAAGCUUCCUUUCGCUCACUUAUACGACUCGCCGGAAUUAUUUUGUAAUGAAAUUAACGAUAUAAUUGAGGAACGUACGUCAUUUGUAUUAUGCAGUUAAGUGAUAACAAAACUUUUUUUUUUGAGUUUUCAGUGGAUAAUAAUACGUGAAGUACAAAAAAAGAAGACGGCCGAAGCUAAUCCUCGAUUUGUUGAAGAUUUCAAAACUCUUGCCGAUGUUCUCAUACAAGAAAUGGUUAAACAUGACAUUGGAAAACAAUUUGAAGAGCUAGCUCCUAAUAUAAGAGGAGAAGAAACUAACAUUUUUAAAAAUAAACUUGGAGAAAAAAUAUGUGUGGAAAUUAAGCACAAUGAAGAAGAAACUUCAAACCUUUUAGAAAUAGUGUUAAACGGUGAUCAUAUCGCUGCAAGACUUUUGGCUGGAGAGGUACAUAAACACUUGAAUAUAGAAGAUAUCAAUACUGACGUACCUCACGAGCCAUUUGACGUGAAAUUUAACGAAUUGGGAAUAUGGAUAGAUCCGAUAGAUUGUACCGGGGAGUAUGUUCACGGUGGUGCUGGAAAAUGUAUAAAUAAUGUACAUCUAAAUGGACUUAAGUGUGUUACAAUAUUGAUAGGAGUAUUUAAUAAAAAUACAGGAGUUCCAGUUAUGGGUGUUAUCAAUAGACCAUUUUUAGAUAAAGAAGAUUCUCAGUUUUCACAGCAAUGUAUUUGGGGCGUCUCCAUACCUAAUUUCAAAUACAAAAGUACACUCAAAAAGCCCACCCGAACAAACACCAUUUGUAUAAGUAGCAGUGAAGAAAAAGGCAUUAAAGAAAAAUUAGAAAAUCAUGGUUUUAAUUUAAUCCAAGCCUCGGGAGCUGGAUAUAAAAUUUUAACUGUUAUUUUAGGUUUGGCCGAUGCUUAUAUUUUAACGAAAGGCACCACUUUUAAAUGGGAUACUUGUGCUCCACAUGCUAUUCUUAAAUCGAUAGGUGGCGACAUUGUAAAUUACGUUGAUAUAUCUAAAGAAAAAAUCGAGAGUAUUCAUUAUUUUAUUGAAGAAAGUACAUGUAACUUAAACGGAAUUAUAGUGUACCAAGACGAUAAUAUAUUAAAUGAAAUUGUUGGCAUUCUAAAGUUGUAAAUAUUUUUUCUUAAUAAACAUAGUUUUACAUAAAA